CAGAAAUGUGGGGAGAAAUCGAGCCAUGUGUCAAACCCCAGGAGGGAGAAAACAUGAGCAGCUGUGGGACAAGACAGAGAUGUCCAGACUCUGCACCUGUACAGCAGAAAACAGCACUUUGGGGAGAAAUCGAGCCAUGCCCUGAACCCAACACAUCUGAGAGCUGCACUGAACCUGCAGCUCAAGACAGAUGUCCUGCUCCUGAGACAGAUGUCAAGGAGGCACACAACACAACAAGCAGCUCUCUAAAUCUAAAGGAGGAGCCACCCAGCUGUCUCAGCUCGAUGGUCGCGGCUAUAGCAGCCAGUGGGAGUCCAGUGAAAAGCCAGCAGCUGGGAGAGCCAGACUUAACUCUGGAGGAGAAGAAGGAGCUUUUAAUGGAUCAGUACCGAUCCAAGCCCUUGGUGUUCCUGGAGCGCUAUCAGGCCCAUCUGAAGCCGGAGCACAUGGAGGCUUUCUCAAAGCUGAGCAGUGACUGCAGAGCGCAGUAUUACUGUAAGGAGAUUCAGAGACGGGCAUCCAGCACAGCCGACCGCAAACGCGUCCGCAACCAUCGUUAUGCAGCACUUUGUGCUCUUCAGAAGGAGGGCCAGUACUUCAGCGAGGAGCAGAUGCGUGUGCGAGACCCGCUUCUGUACGAGCAGUACAUCGGACAGUACCUCAGCGAAGACGAGAUCCUGCAGCGCUCCGAGGAGGCCAUGAGGAGCGGCCCGGGGGGACUCUCUGACCUGCUUAUCAACUCCUACCAGGAGAAGCUGAUCCAGAGCCGCCUGGAGGAGGAGCAGGAGAGAGAGCAGUGUGCAGCGGAGGAGUCUGAGGAGGAAGAAAGCAACGAGCCCGGACAGGCAGAGUGGGAGCCAAAUGCAGAAGAGAAAGCCAUGCUGAGAGAGGAGUUCCUCAGUCAAAUGCAUCAGCGCUUCCUGGAUGGCAAAGAUGACUUCAACUACAGUGAAGUGGAUGAGAAUCCAGAUUAUGAUAACCUGGAUAUUGUAAGCCAUGAUGCAGAGGAGCGCUACUUUGAUGAAGAUGAUGAAGAGGAGGAAGAAGAAGAGGAGGAUAUGAUGCAAUAGCCCUUAAUGUAUAGAUUGUUCUGACACCAGAAAAAAGAAUUUAAAUUUUUGUACAUUAUUGAUCAUAUAUCUACUGCUUGAUAUUUGUUUUUGUAGGUUAAAUGUGAUGAUCAGCACUUUGUUGUCUUUAAUAAAAGAGUACGGUUUU